AUGACGACCAACGAGGAGAAGAUGGAAAAGUCCAGCAAUCAGGAUCAUACCAACGAUUCUAGAACUGAGGUCAGCCGGACCUUUAGUGACCUUGAUGCUGGGCUCUCCGCCGAAGAGCGCGCCAAGAUUGAGCGCAAACUGUUAUGGAAGCUUGACUGGAAGCUCAUGCCAUGGCUCUCUUUGCUGUACCUCAUGGCCUUUCUGGACCGGACCAAUAUCGGCAAUGCUAGGAUAGCACAUCUUGAACAAGAUAUUGGUAUCCAUUCCACGUCAAAGUACAAUGCCACGCUCACCAUCUUCUUCGUGUCAUACGCCCUCUUCGAGCCUGUCUGCAAUGUCCUACUCAAGCGUCUGCGGCCAUCCAUCUUUAUCCCCAUCAUCAUGGUGCUCUGGGGCGUGACCAUGAUUGGCAUGGGCUUUGUACGCAACUGGUCAGAACUGAUGGCUGCCCGAUGGUUUCUUGGCAUGACAGAGUCUGGUCUUUUCCCCGGCAUUAACUACUACCUGUCUUGCUGGUACAAGCGCAGCGAAUUUGGCGUCCGCGCGGCCGUCUUCUUCUCCGCCGCCGCCAUCUCCGGCUCCUUCGGCGGUCUACUGGCUGCUGCGAUCCAGAAUAUGAACGGAAUUGGUGGUCGUCCUGGUUGGUCUUGGAUUUUCAUCAUCGAAGGCGGCAUUACGGUUCUGAUCGCGCUUGCUUCGUUCUUCAUGGUUGAUGACUUCCCUUCCGAGGCCAAGUUCUUGACACCGGAGGACCGUGCCCGUGUUGUGCGCCGCCUGGAGGAAGACAAGCAGGCGUCGGCGCAUGACGAGAGUUUCAAGACGACGUAUCUCAUGGAGGCGCUGAAGGACUGGAAGACGUACUGCGGUAUGCUCAUCUACAUGGGCCCUCUUAUGCCGCUUUACGCCUUCAGUCUGUUUCUGCCCACCAUUAUUCAGAGUAUGAACCUGGUUCCCAAGAACGACAUCAUCAAGAACCAGCUUCUCAGCGUCCCACCAUAUGUGCUGGCCGCUAUCAUGACUGUUGUCAUUGGCUUCUGGUCUGACCGUAUACAGAAGCGUGGCAUUUUCAACAUGGCGUGUGCUGUUGUCGGAACGAUCGGCUUCGUCAUGAUGAUUGCCUCCACACAACCUGUGGUAAAAUACGUUGGAACUUUCCUUGGUGCCCUGGGAAUCUACCCUUCUGUGUCGCUGACCAUUGCAUGGGUUGCCAACAACGUCGAGGGUGUCUACAAGCGCGGCGUCGUCCUGGGCAUCGUCAUCGGUUGGGGCAACCUCAACGGUGUUGUCAGUAGCAAUGUCUACUUUGACGGCCCACGCUUCUUUGCUGGGCACUCGACCAUCAUUGGCUACCUCGUGAUUGCCAUGUUUGGCGGCAGCCUGCUUUUCCAUGUGCUGCUGAGCCGGGAAAACAAGAAGCGCCUGGCUGGUGAGCGCGACUACUUGACAGCAGGCAAGUCAGAGGCGGAAAUUGAGGCCCUAGGCGAUAACAGACCAGAUUUUAUCUACACCCUGUAG